UCUCGAUCGACUACUUAAUCAAUAUCUACUUUGAGAGAGCCAUUUCUUUUACCACCCCAAAAUAUGGAUUCCAUUGACAAGGAGGUGGAAACUGAGUUUCUCCCAUUCUUCCGGGUCUACAAGGACGGUUCAGUUGAGCGGCUUUUGGGCUCACCCUUUGUGCCUCCCUCUCCUGAAGACCCUGAAACAGGUGUGUCUUCAAAAGACAUCACAAUUUCCCAAAACCCUCCCAUCUCGGCCAGGCUUUUCCGCCCGAAACACACCCAACCCAACCAAAAACUUCCCAUCUUGGUCUACUUCCAUGGCGGAGCCUUUUGCAUCGAAUCCGCCUUCUCCUCUGACCACCACCAGUACCUUAACAGUUUGGUUUCUCAAGGCCAAGUGGUUGCUGUAUCAGUGGAGUAUAGGUUAGCUCCUGAGCACUGUCUCCCCAUUGCUUAUGAUGAUGGCUGGGCUGCCCUACAAUGGGUUGCUUCACACUCCAUCGACAAUGGUACUGUCGAGAAAGAGCCAUGGUUGGCAAAUCAUGGCGACUUUAAAAGGUUUUUUACCGGUGGUGACAGUGCAGGAGCAAAUAUAGUACAUAACGUGACCAUGCGGGCCGGGGUUGAGGGUUUGCAUGGGGGCGUUAGGAUUCUAGGAGCUUUUUUUACCCACCCUUUCUUCUUGGGUUCAAAGCCAAAAGGAUCGGAGAACUCUAGCGUAGAGGACGAGAACCCAUCCCCAUCUUCGUUCUGGGACUACAUAUAUCCUGGAGCACCUGGUGGUAUUGAUAGUCCAGUGAUAAAUCCAGUCGUUCCAGGAGCACCAAGUUUGGCUGGACUUGGUUGCUCUCGGUUGCUCGUGUCUGUCGCUGAGAAGGAUGGGCUGAGGGAUGGGGGUGUUUGUUACUACAAUGGGGUGAAAGAAAGUGGGUGGAAAGGAGAGGCGGAACUAGUUGAAGUGGAGGGAGAGGAUCACGCCUUCCAGAUUAUGCAUUUUGGGUCUGCGAAUUCUAAGAAUUUGAUCAAACGCUUGGCUUCCUUUCUCCUCAAAUAAAAUCAUGAUCUUUUGUGAUGUUUUAUGAGUGCUUGUGUUCUUUCUAGUCUUUU